UGCUUGCUAAAAGUAUAUACGAAAAGUUUAGGCCACCCUAUUUUCCAUAGUCACUCCUGAGGAUUAUUUGCACUGCACUCUCCAGAUAUAGUCAAGGUAUUCAGGAUGGUUGGUUGGCCUGUCCUUCCACCCACUUGCUUGCUAAAAGUUUAGAUCACCCUAUUUUCCGCAGUCGUGUUACUAUGAAUAUGUGAUAAGAGUAGAAGAGUGCAGUGUUAGCAGUAAGUGUAGUAUGAGUCCUUGUUCCAGUACUUCACAGAGAGUAGUAUUGUCCAGUGCUGCCUUCUUUGACUGUGGCCACUACAGUCUGUUGAGACACUGCACACACAGAAAUGUGUAACAUCAGCUUCUUCCCCUCCCCUCCACUCUUUCUCUCGCCUUCUCUCCCUUCCCUCCUCUCUUUCUCUCGCCUUCUUCCCCUCACCUCCUCCUUUUUUCUCGCCUUCUUCCCCUCCCAUCCUCUCUUUCUCCCUGUUGCUUUCCCUACACAUCCCUUUAAGCAUAAGAGCAUGGUUUAGGCAUUGUGGGUCCCCUGGCCUUGAGAACCAGGGGUGGUGGAUUAAAGAAAUCUUUGACCACCGGUGAACUCUGCCCACUCACCCGAGCCAAGCCUUUCUCUUGGCCGGCACUGCCCAGACUCCUUAUACAUUUAACAGAUACACACACACACACACACACACACACCCUGCAGCUCGACACUGUUUUCAGCACAGUUUUCAACGAAGACCCACUGAUCACUGACAGUAACGACAAAAAACAAAGAGUUACAUAGACACACGUGAGGAAGGUUUGCUUUACCAUUCUCUCCCCCCUCUCUCUCUCUCCAGCUGGCUGGGUUUGGAUUCUCUGUCCUGGAGGGAGUCGACCCUAACCCUGCAAACUGCGUGUCUGCCGGUGUCAUCAACACUUCCUCCGUCCUCAUUGGAUGUCUGCUCAGACUGGAACCCAAUAUUGACAGCAAGAUGUAUCGACUGACAGUUCGUACGUCAAACGACAAAGUUACCGAACACCUCUGCUCCGUGCUGUCAGAACAGUUCUAGUGGCUGAUAUUACACCAUAUUACGUAACAACUUCGCUGAUCGUCAUGGAGCUUUUUUGAGAGUUGAUCAUUGUACUAGUUAGGAAUAGCCAAAAUUUAUUCGAGUUUCGUUCUUUAUUUGCAUGCACCUCUAUUUUUCCAUUAUUAUUGCUGUUAAAAAAACAUGCAUGAACUAUAAUAUUGAUUAGAUGUUCGUGUUGCUUUGUGGAAGUGUAUAAUUAUGUUAAUUCUUGUAAAGAUGGCAUUUUGCGACAAAGAAGUUGGAGCAGUUGUUACGCAUGCGCGAGAGAUGUAUUAUGCAUCGUCAGCAAAAGCUCCGCCUGCUGUGGUUGCGACGCGGAGUAGCGAAGUCUCGGGAUGGAGCUGCACGUUAUGAACGGAGGAUUGCGAAAUUCGACGGCCGGCGGAGAGCGAGAUGCGGAGGGGAAGUUCCAACGAGACGAGACGGACGGAGAUCCGUCACUUGCGCUGGGUGCCGCUCUCGCGCGUUCUGCAGCCCUCGGCGAUGAGAACAGGUCUUCAGCACUGCUAGGGAAUGGAAACGGAAGAAGAGAAGUUGCCGUUCGAAGACGCUGCACCGCCUCACACAGCGGAAGAUUUCCCUGCUGGUCAUACUGCUGCCGCUGGGGAAGACGAGAAAGAUGAAGUGGAGUAUUACUGCGGAGCCGGGCCUUGGCACCCCGCAUGGCUGCAGCGACUUCGUGACGCCAGAGUCUUUACGUUUCUUCUCUGUCUUUUCUCUACUGUGGAGGGAGCCCUCGUCUCAGGACUGACCGCAGUGGUUCUGUCGACAAUCGAGCGUCGCUAUAGACUCACCAGCACACAGACCGGAGCCCUCGCCAGCAUGACCGACAUCGCCGUGGUAACCUCCGUCAUCUUCAUCAGUUACUUUGGUGGGCGUGGCCACAAACCUCGUUGGCUGGGGGUGGCCCUUAUCGUCGAAGCAAUCGGAGCGUUUGUCUUUUCUCUUCCUCAGUUUCUCUUUGGUGAGUAUGAGACUGGGUCUUCUAGCGACCGCGACACUGAAACAUGUGCAGACGAAAUAGACUUCUCAUCCGACUGCACCUCAGCCAAUAACGCCGCCUACUUCUUCUUCAUGAUGGGUAAUAUCCUAAUCGGGGUGGGGGCUGCCCCGCUUUUCACAAUCGGGACCUCGUACAUUGACGAAAUCGUUCACCCAAAGUACGUCUCCAUUCACCUGGGGAUAUUCUACAUGAUGGCAAUCAUAGGCCCGGCACUAGGCUUCGGACUCGGCGGACUAUUUCUAUCAAUCUACGUAGACCCAUCAGUGAACACUCAUCUUACACCCAGAGACCCUGGGUGGGUGGGAGCGUGGUGGCUUUGCUACAUCGUCUGCGGGGCUCUGUGCCUCGUCAUCGCAUUCCCCUUCUUCCUGUACCCUCGAGUUCUACCCAACAGUGGCGAGGUUCGAGAGCUGCGCGAGAGAGAAAUGGCGCUGAGAGGUAGGACGGUGGUGAGGAGGAGAAGGGCGGAGGAUCGAUGGAACGUGGUGCGGGAGUUUCCCCGAGAAUUGAAAAGGAUUGCCAUGAAUCCGAGCUGGUUGUUUGUGACGCUGGGUCUGGGACUGGCGUCUGUCACCAUUUCAGGGUUUGCCUCGUUCGGAGUCAAGUACGUUGAGAAUCAGUUUGGCCUUACAACUUCUGAGGCCAGCAUCAUCACUGGAGCUAGGACCAUCCCAACGGCAGGGGCUGGUGUCAUUACGAGUGGGCUGCUCAUCUAUUUCUUCAAGAUACGAGGUCGGAAGUUGCCACUAAUGGGUCUUGUCACAUGUUCCCUGGCAGUUCUCACUGUGUUUGGAUUUCUCAUUCACUGCCCCACCCCCGAGCUGGCCGGAGUCAUCGUUCCUUAUCCUGAUGGAUCUGACGGGGCAUCAGACACUACUUCCCUGGCAGCAAGUUGCACCGCCUCCUGCAACUGCACCUCCUCUGUGUUUGACCCAGUCUGUGGUGCCGACAACAUCGUCUACUUCACUCCCUGUCACGCCGGAUGUCCUCCCGCCAACAACGGAUCUUUUGAGAGUUGUCUGUGUGUAGCUGAGCAGCUCUCCACGAACCUCACCUCACCUCCUCCCCUCCUGAUUACUAACAGCUCAGCCAGCGAGGGGCUCUGUAAUGAGGACUGCACGUGGCAACUGCAACUCUACCUCGUCAUAUCUGCCUUCACUCUCUUCUUCGUGUUCAUGUUGCAGAUACCUAAUAUCACCAUCACAAUCAGGUGUGUGGCAGAAGACCAGAGAACACUGGCUCUUGGUCUCCAGUCCUCCAUCAUCCGCCUCAUCGGCUUCGUUCCUGGUCCGAUCCUGUUUGGAGUCGUCUUCGACUCCGCCUGUCUAUUCUGGCAGAGAGACUGCGGUCGCCGUGGCAACUGCUGGGUCUACGACAACGCGACACUGAGUGUUCGAGCCGUCGUCCUGGCGAUACUGGCCAUGAUGUGCUACAUUGUGUUCAUCAUACUCUGCUGGCUGUUUUAUCCCAAGAGCCAGCCGUCGUCGCUAACGACUACUAAUGAAAGGGGCGAGGGGGACAAGAAGAGAGAAUGGGAGAGUUCAUUUGCUUACACCUUGUAUAGCAAGUGUCAGAAUACUUUGGAGGAAAGAUUAGUAGUCCAGAAAUUUUAGAUGUGUUGUCAUGUGUGUUUGUGUGCCCUUGAAAUUUGUCA